CCCCUCCUUAAAGAACCAGCCAGUCCUCCGGGCGAGCCUCACUAGUGGCGGCGCCUGGAGUGUCGGCAGGCGCAGUUGGGUCGCGGUCCUCCUGCUUCUCCCUCCGCCGGCCCCGCACCUGGAUGCGGCCGCGCUCGCCUCUCUCUUUCGCGUCGCCCUCACGCCGCCGCUAGCCUAGCCCGAGUCCCCGGGAGGAGCCGGGCGGCGCUACGAUGUUUGACAAGUCGCGGCUCCCCUAUGUGGUGCUGGAUGUGAUCUGUGUGGUGCUGGCUGGCUUACCUCUUGGUGUUCUAAACUUGGCAAAAGUAAAGCCUUAUCAGAGAGGCUUUUUCUGUAAUGAUGAGACCAUCAAGUAUCCGUUCCAUGACAGUACCGUCACAUCCACUGUCCUCUACACAGUGGGGUUCACCCUGCCCAUUUGCUCUAUAAUCGUGGGAGAAGCCCUUUCUGUGUAUUGCAGCCGUUUGCACUCCAGCUCAUUUGUCCGAAACAACUAUAUUGCCACUAUUUACAAAGCCAUUGGGACAUUCCUUUUUGGCGCAGCUGUGAGCCAAUCUCUGACAGACAUUGCCAAAUACUCGAUAGGCAGACCAAGACCUCACUUUAUGGAUAUCUGUAGACCAGACUGGCGACAAAUCAACUGCAGUUCAGGCUACAUUGAGAACAUUCACUGCCUUGGAGACCCAGUCAAGGUUAAUGAGGGACGAUUGUCAUUUUAUUCUGGACAUUCUUCGUUCUCCAUGUAUUGCAUGCUGUUCCUCGCGCUUUACCUUCAGGCCAGAAUGAGAGGUGACUGGGCAAGACUUCUGCGUCCGACAAUACAGUUUGGCCUCGUUGCGGCAUCGAUCUACGUGGGCCUGUCCCGUGUUUCUGACUACAAGCAUCAUUGGAGCGAUGUACUGACUGGACUGGUCCAAGGAGCACUGGUAGCCAUUCUUAUCGUUGCAUACGUAUCAGAUUUCUUCAAAGAGAGAGGUCCGACUUUUAAACAGAAAGAGGAAGAAGACUCACACACAACUUUACAUGAGACGACACCUACCAAUGGAAAUCACUUUGGCAGUAAUCACCAGCCGUGACCAGCUCAAGAGCUACUACCCUGUGGAAUCUCCUGCUCUCCAAAAGGAAAGCUUUGCAAGUCUUUCUGGCCUGUGUAAAAAAAAUAAAUUAAAAUGCCUUUUGAAGGGACUGCUGCUGCUAUAUCUCUCGGAUGCUCACUUUACAUGUAUAUAGUAACAUUUAAGACCUAUGUAUCUAAAAGCGUUUCUGUUGGUUCAAGCUUGUGCUUUAAAGACACAUUAUUUGGGCUAUUUUUUUAAUUAAAAUAAUAUGGUAACACUUAUGUACAAAGAGCAGUGGUGUAUGGCAAUACGCCCUGCUAGCAUGUUGCUUAUGGUGAAAUACAUACAACACAUUAGGAACACUGUAAAGCAUCUGUCUUGCUGGGGACGGGCAGCCUGUGCAGUCAAUUUUUUUGUUCCCAGGGGAUUAUUUUGUGAAAUCUCAACAGCAGAAGAGAUGGGUGGUGCCCGUUCCGUAUUAUCCCUGGGCUUGUUAUAGGUAAAGGCUUGCAGCAAACACAAUAUCUCUCUUGAUCUUUGUAAUACCUGUGAAUGAGAAGGAAACAAAAUUAUCACUAGUAAAUCUAAAAGGCAGGUUGCACCUGGCUAUUGCCAGUGACAGAAAAAUAAUUUGCAUUUAGCAAGCAUGUUCGGCAGUGGCUGGCCAUUGAGAUCCAGUGUCCCGAUCGAGUGUCCCAACUGCUCGUUUUAUUUUCCCAGUUCUUAAUUAAAAGUUGUUUUGAUGACA